UAUGAACAAUAAGAGCGACUUCAUUGCGCAGAAGGAGGCCGCCCCUUCGCCAAGGGGCUCCCAAUCAGGCAGUAAUAGCUCAAAGUCACAGAUCGAUACUGUGCAUAUUCCUGAACAUCAGGUGGUAACCAUCCAGAAAGUCGUCAGAGGAUUUUUGUCAAGACUGAAGAAUAGGAGGGAGCUCAAAGAGUAUUUACGUGAGAUUCAGGAACCUGAACUGAUCAAAUCAAUUUUCCAAAUCAGACAAGAGAGAGCAAUAGAUAUCAUCUCUAGGACUUACCUCAAACUUAAGAGAAAGAAAGACUUUACCAAACAACGGACCCAGGCAUGCAUAGUUAUACAGAAAAUGUUCAGAGGAUGGAGAGCUCGCACCCGGAGCUACAUAAAGGCUCUAGAUUUAGAGGAUAACUCAUGGAUGUACAUCUGUAGGGAGCAAAAACCCUUCCUCCUUGCAAUAAUAAAACAGAUGUGUAGGGAGAACCCAGAGUAUGGAAAUUACCUCCAGAUUAGCAAGAAUUGCUUUAAGAUUACCGAUAAGUACUGUGCUGUAAGAAUUCUUGAGCCAGAGGCAGCAGUACUACCUACAGCUAGAUUAAGUCAUCUAAUUCAUCCCUCCUUCAGAAGCAAGAUUACCUUCAACACUUGGAUGAAAGACCUUACCAAACAUAAUGUCUUUAACAAGAUGAUGGUCUUUGAUGAGAAGGAAACUCUCCGUAGAAUCCGAAUCAUGAAAAACUCUGGUCUGAAAUUUAUGAAGGCUAAGUUCUUGCAUGAUAUCAGAAUAGUAGAACAAAACAGGAUCCUCACAGAAAAUCUCUACGAGGAUCUAUAUGACGACUUAAUGAUUUUCAAGAUUGAUAAUCACAAGUUCUUAACAGAACUAGUGGAGAGGGUGUACAAGCACAACCUGCUUGCACAACAGAGUGAAAAGCAGCCAAUUCUAAUGUUCUUUGAGAAGACACUCAAGCUCAUGGCUGCAGCUUCUCAGAUACAGUGAGCUUAUAGACAAUACCGUUGGAAAAGAAGCCAGGAAAGCACUCCAUUGCAUAAAAUAAUGCGAAGGAGAGGUGCUGUCUGCAUGCAAAGAGGAUGGAGAAAAUGGGUAAUCAGUCACAGACUCAAAGCUCUUAUUAAAAUCAAAGAUAUCUGUCUCCAAAUCACAGACCCUGAGUUCUUCAUUGAGACUAACGUCUACCUCAAUCUGAGGGAAAUAAUAGACAAAGAUCCCCGACGAUGGAGAUUUGAGGAACAGUUCCUAAACUUUGAAGUUGGUGAAGACAAUCUCAUCUCAGGCCAAAUUUAUUUAUCAAAAACAGAUAGAUAUGAAACUGGAAGUAUUGUCCCGAAAUGGUUCGGAUUUGACAUUCCAGUGAAUAUGCAGGGAUCAUUCAUAGGUUAUGAUCCUUACGAAAUAAUACAUAAGCAUUCAACCUCUCCUGAAAAGCCAAGGUGUCCCUCUAUUUGAUCAUACUCAGAUAUCGUUAAGAAUAAAAAGAUUGUUGGACUCGAGGAUGUAAACAACCUACAUUUCGUAAGAAUUCCAUGAGAAACUACAGCUGAAGCUAAGAGAAGAGUAGCAAUUCUAGCUCUGAUCAGCUAUAAUGCCAGAAAUCACUCCUUUAUUAGAGGAUUUGGAAAAGUUGGACUUCAAGACCCAUUCUUCUACACAGGAUUAAAAUUUAUUAUAGAGUAUUACAAAAUUACUCUUCAUAAGGCACUCACAAGCGAGAAAUUGUGGAAUUCUUCAAAAUAUCCCCACUCCGGGUUGAUUCUGGAUUCUUUGGAUAAGCAAUAUUAUGUACCUACAAAUGAUGCGAACAACAAAACCAGAAAUAUCGACCCUGAAGGCCAAAAUACAACAGCAUUGGUUCUAAACUCACAGUUCAAGAAUGAGCUUGACUUGGAGAUCAUGAGACCGUCCAAAAAUACCAAAAUUAACUAAGG